AUGCGCUCAUCGUUUCUGGCGCUUCAUCGGCUGACGCGACGGCGUGUUUUAGGAAAUGGAAGUGGAAGUAGCAUCCCACCACCACAGCAACAGCAACAGCAACAGCAACAGCAGCUCCAUCACCAUCCCUCGCAUCAUGUAUCGCCCAUCAUCCACCCCCAAGCUCAACAUCCCCCACCGAAUGGCCUAGCGCAUAUGCAUCCCUUCGAUCCAACUCGACGACGGUCGCUCGGCGGCGCGGGGAGUCCCCCGCAGUAUGGAGGACCACUCGAACCUCCACCGCCACCACCACCUGCCUUCCUUGCGCGCAAUAUGCCACCGCCCUCACCUCCACAGAUGCCACCGCCACCAGGCUCAUCACACCUCUCCAACGCCCCUCGUGGCCCACCUACCUCAUCGCCUUUCGCCGGCGUACGCGAUCUACCAGGCUUUGCGCCGCACCGCCCUGGCGCAGGCAUGACUAUUUCGUCUAUAUUGGGUGGAGGUGAAGAGCGCAAGAGCAUGGGAUCGCCACACAUGACGGCUUCGGGAGUACUUGGCACACCAAAGACGAUGCCACCUCCGUCGCCAGGGAGAGUCAGAGCGUCUAGUAUGCGCGAGAGCUUGCCGAGACGGGAGCCGAGUCCACCACGAAGCAGCAUCUUUGGUGAGCCCCGAGCACAAUCAGCUUUUCACGAGCGCGGAGAACUCGAGCCACGCCGGGACGUCUUCCCAUCGCCGCGCUUCCAAGGCGAGUCACCACACAGCUUCCGCGCCUUCAGAUUAGAGGACAAUGGGCCACCACCAAUGAACGGAGGUGGUAGUCUUGGGAGGCCUAGCAGUCAGCCGAUCGAGCACGUAGCACCACGAAGCGUGGAGGAAAUACUGGCACGCAGGGACGCACCAGCAGAAGGUCGAUUCGGUGCUUUCAGACACUUUGCUGAGCCUCCACGAAGCGAGCGCAUGCCACGGCACGAUGCACCUCCCUUCCAGAAUGGCAUCACGUCCCAACCGCGAGAACAUCACGAUGUCUUUGGCAGCCCACGAAUGGAUCGCGAUACUCGACAGAUCCCAGGCCAGUUCCCGCCGCCUAUGUUCGGUACACCGAUGCGAGAAGAUCAAGCUGGUCUAUUCCGACCAGUCUUUCAGCAGGCACCAGAUGCAGCACGUGAGUCGAUUGAGUCACGGCCACUGCACGACAUGCGCCGUGAUGAUCCUCACUACUCGCCAAACAUGGCAGAUGUUCCUAUCUACCUACGUGGCCGGAACGGAUUCAUUGAUCGACCAAUGACCUUCGAAGAACACCAGCGCAUGGAAGCGAUGCAGCGUGACGACUCUCGCAAAGGUAGUGACAGCUCGGGCCCUCGAUCACUGCUGAGUGGUAUCAGCCCCGAGCUCAAUCGCAAAGGACGAAACUCGCCUCUACCUCAAGCUGUACAAGGGGCUCAGCCUCGCUUCGUUGGCCCUGGAGGCGACAACCCUGGCAUCAAGAUGGAGUUCGGGCGUAUGUUCUCUGGCCUAGGGAGCGGCGUAGGCAGUGCGACUCCAGUUGCUGGACAGUCGGCUAACGGACACAUGACACCUUCUGGCAUGAGCCCAUCCAGACGUUUUGAGGAUGGGAAUAUUCCGCGAUCCGUCUCCAAUCUGGACGAUUCAAAGUCGGGCACAAAGGCAAAAGGCAGCCGAAAGAAUGGUCGGCGCGCAAGAGAAGAGGAGAGAUUUGACGGAGACGGCAGGAUGACACCGGAUACACAACGAAGCAACAAGCGCAGCAAAACGAACGCUUCCGCACAUCAUCACCAUCAUCAUCUACACGGACACCACCACCAUCAUCAUCACCAUGAGCCAGAACCGCAAGCUGGUUCUUUCAAUAUGCUACGCUUUCCACCCAACUCUAUGCCAAACGCUGCGGCUGCGACUACGACUGUGACGAACGGCUCAGCGAAUCAUCAUCACCAUCAUCACGCCACUCAUCACCACCAUCACCACGCACCAAAGCCCGCCGCGCCACCUCGCAAGCCUACGACCAGCGUCCAAAGCAAAGCAGUUCUCGACGAAAUCGCCGGCAAGCCUCGGAAGCAUCUCGGAUCACAACUCUACACCACGGAACUCACACAAUCUACUAACGCGGACAUUGCUCUGGAUUCCAAACUGAAGUUCAGCAGUAAGAUGAAACCGAUACCCCAUUACGAAGACAAGGAGAACUGCACGUUCACCGUCCGUGUACCACGUUUCUACUUUGCUCGAUCAAAACAGACAGGUCAGGGUGAGGAGCCUAGUCCGCUAGAGGAGAUCUGCAAGCAUCGACAGCUCUGGGGUACGGACAUAUAUACCGAUGACUCGGACGUUGUAGCCGCUGCCGCGCACUCUGGCUGGAUCGCGGGAGACUUCGGGGAUGCGAAUGGUGACCUGCACGAUCUUUUCGAUGAGCCGGAGCCCACGGCACUCGACAACUCACAGCCCUCGUCGCUUUCCCUUGAUGUCAAACCAGCCCGGCCGGUCAAGGCACCGAGUACGCACGAUAUGCACAUCACCGUCCUCAUCCUCCCGCCUCUGACCGCAUAUGCAAGUACGAUGCAACAUCAUGUCCGCUCUCGCGCGUGGGACAAAAGUCACGAUGGGAUGUCAUAUAUGAUCCACCGGAUUGAUUUUGUCGACGAAGCUCCGGCUACGAGGUUCGCGGAGCGAGGUAUCACGGCCAGAAAGCAGCGGAUUACGAUGGAUGAGACGAGAAGAAGGGAGGCGGCGGCUGGACUGCUGAUGUUUGCUACGGGUGCAGGCGGCGCGGCUGCUGUGAGCGUGGGCGCAUAG